AUGGCAUCCGUCAGUCCAGCAUCAUCAUCAUCAUCAUCCGGGCUACUAUCCGGCGGCCUCUUCGUCGUUCCAUCACCAGCAGAACCUGUCGGCGACCGAUGGCGGCGGAGGCUAUCAGAGGUCGGCCAGGAUUUAUGGGCAGCCGACGGGAAAUUCAAAUCAUCACCAUUAGAUUCACGGCAACAACACGGGCGGCAGCGCGUCGAUCAGCAGUCCGUCACCGUCGCAAACGGCAACAGCAACAACAACGGGAGUUACGCCAGAUUCGGCCACCAUCCUCACCAUCCGUCGGCUUAUCACCACUACCACCGAUCGGUGGCCGUCCCGCUGGCCCAUCACGCCAACAGUUUGCAUCAUCCGCAUCAAGGCGGGCCGGCUCAUCAUCUGGCGGCCGGCAGGUUCUCCGUCCAUCACUCACCGUUUGCUCAUCACCACCGCCAUCAGGGGCAAGGCGGGAGGGUGUCCGUCUCGACGCCACCCUCUUCGCCCCGGGUCGUUGCUCCUCUGGAGACGCUCAACUCCGCCGCUCAUCAUCACAAUCAACUGCAAUUGAAUCAGCAUCAUCAUCAUCCGCAUCUCAGCCAUCAACCCACUCCGCAACAGCAACAGCAACCUCUGAUGCCGGCCAACAGGCCGGCCCUUCCGUCAAAGCCAAGCGCGGGCGGAAGCGAUGAGGCCGUAAGAAAGUGA